GUUGAACACGAAAGUACGGUGCGUGGUAGAUUUGUUUUGUUCAGUAGCCUUUGGACUUUGUUAUGGAUUUAAGUCUCGAUGAUAUUAUUCAGCAAAAACGCAUUAAAGUUAGUAGAGGACGAGGACGUGGUCGAGGUGGAGAAUCUCUUCGAGGUGUCCGUCGUGGUGGAGUAGCCCGGCGGAGUUCAAAUGGAAUGUCACGUGUCUUACCUGAUAAAUGGCAGCACGAUAUGUUUCAAGAUGGUCGAAGCCCCAAAGCAGCCAGUAAUACCGCUGCGAAUGCAACCAGACUUCAUAUAUCUAACUUGGAUUUCGGUGUUAACAAUGAUGAUAUAAAUGAACUUUUCCGGGAAUUCGGUGCAAUUCGGAAAGCAACAGUCCAUUAUGACAGAAGUGGCCGUUCUUUGGGAACUGCUGAGGUCGUUUUUGUGAAUCCUCUAAGUGCAACUAAAGCCAGAAACCACUACAAUGGUGUACCGCUUGAUGGACGUCCAAUGGUCAUUCAGUUAGUCGGUGCAGGUUAGUCAACAUACCGUCAGCCAAGUCCAUCAGGAAAUCACUUGGGUUUCAACUGUCGGUUUCGUAACUAUGCAUGGUUCCACGUUGUUUGGGAAGAUAGUGUUUCCAUAUUGACGUGCUGCCAAUAAACAUCUUUUUAAUGUUUUCUCUUACUGGGAUAUAUAAAGCUCGUACUUUUUGUCGUUGCUGAUUAUGAAACAAAAACUCCGCGUUUCUGUGGAUGUACGUCUACGUCAUUUUCCGAUGGUCGUUCAUAGACGAGGAACGUGGUGGAAUUCUCCGUUGUCUCAAGCUCCUGAACCUGCCGCGACAGUACGUCCACGUGCUACUCGUCCUCGUGGUUCUCCAGUACGCCGUGGCUUUGGACGUGGUCGAGGUCGUGCACGGGGACGUGGGCGAAUUCAGAAGCCGACAAUUACAAAAGAAGAGUUAGAUGCACAGUUGGCUGCAUACAAUGCUCAGCGUGGCUGACACUACCACAGAACCUUCACCGGGGAGGAUACUAUCGAAAUCUACCAGGUCCUCAAAUAUCUUGUCUAUUAAUGUGCUUCUACUUCCCUCCCAUGAAUAAUAAUAAUAAUAAAAACAGUAUCACUAUAAAAGUUUAGUUUCUAG